CAUGGGGAAACUUAAUGGAUGUCUCGCGCAUGCUGAAAAGUGUACAGAGAGACUUGGGCAAGGUGAUCAUUUGCGCACAACAAUAGGAGAACGUGGAUGGGGCGCGCGGCGUGGUUGUAACAAAAACUAAGUGUGGGACGUAGGGCUUUCGCGCUUUCCGUGGCCGAAAGUUGGACUUUUCUAAGACAAGCUUAUGGCCAGGCAUGGUCCGUACGCGGCUUAUUUGGGCUGCCGUAGGCGCCAGCUAGAUUGGGCGCAGAAGCUGUUGUUAAAUUUAAGUGAAGUUUUGCGUGUAUGCUUGCUAUAGCGUGCCUUCAAAGGGGGGGGGGGGACCCUCCUGCUUUUUGUUUUUGCAUUUCGGCUUUGGUUAAGCGGACUUUUACCGUGAAUUGAUGCAAAAUCAUUUUAAUUUGACUAAAGUCGAAUUUGAUGUGUUUGUUUUUAUUCGUGAGCGCCGUAUUUCGGGCAUUCCGCAUACGCGUUUUUUUUAAGACGGGACCUUUGAUUGUUGCAUGAUGGCGUCAGAGUUAGAUAUUCCGAUGGAUACAGUUACGCUGGGUUAAGGCAGAGAUGCCGCGGCGUCGUGCAGACGUUUGUUUAAAUCUCUUCGUCUUCCACCCCAUCUGAGACCUUAAUCGCAUUCGACAAUGUUUGGCUUUCACAAGUCCAAGAUUUAUCGGAGCCACGAAGGUUGUUGCAUUUGCAAGACCAAGUCGUCCAGCUCUCGCUUCACAGACAGUAGCAGAUACGAAGAAAACUUCAGGCUGUGUUUUGGGCUUGUGGAAGAUCGCGUAGGAGACAUCUGCAAUGCAUGUGUCCUGCUGGUGAAGAGAUGGAAAAAACUUCCGCUUGGAUCCAAGAAGAACUGGAGCCAUGUGGUAGAUGCCAGAGCAGGUCCCGGCUUCAAGCUGACCAAACCUAAAAAAGUGAAGGGCAGUGAUGGGAAGAAGAGCAAGCUGGGACAGCUACACAAGCUCAAGAGGCGGAACUCGGACGCCCACAGCACGACCUCCAGCACGUCGCCCUCUCAGUCGCCCAGUUACAGCAACCAAUCGGACGACGGUUCGGACAUCGAGGCUAAGCGGAGACACUCGACUCCGGCCCUUUUCUCCUUCCUGGACCUCACCUACUGGAAGAGGCAGAAGGUGUGCUGUGGGAUCGUCUACAAGGGUCGCUUUGGCGAGGUGAUGAUCGACCCCCGUCUCUUCAAACCCUGCUGUAGAUCCAAGAAGCAGGAGGCACUGCCACCACCUCCUGAUGCCCACCCUGACCCCCUGCCAGAGGACCUGAAGGAGAGCUGGUGAUUGGCAUCCAUCAGGUCCUCCUCAACAUCCCUUAGCUUUGUCUCCAGUGGCAGACUGCACCCCCCACCCCCCCCCAAGCCCCCUGGACCUGUUCCUAGAUUGCUGAAAAUCAUUUGGAGCUAGUGUCACUAUUAUAAUCUUUUGUAAAGUUGUUUUUCUUUCUUUCUUUGUGAAAACAAAGACAAGAGGUGUUUUUUAAACUAUGGGCAUUAGUGAGAUAUUUAUAGGACCCAGGAGGCACAGUUAUAUAUGGCCUUAAAAGGCAAAUUUUCUUUUUUAUGCAUUUCUCUGUACAUUUUUUUUUAUAUAUAUAUAUCGCCAGUAUCUGCAUUUGUACAUAUAUUGUAGUGCGUUGAUUGCCUCCUGUACAUUGUUUUGCUUAUGUUUCAUGCAGUCUGGGGAAGAGUUUGUACUAAUGUGAGCAGAAUUCCAGCAGUGAAUCCCGAAGCUCAUUGUCAAUUUGAGCUGAAUAUUGCUAGAAGCCAAGUUGUGGCAUUUUGGAAGCACUUGCCCCGUUCCCCCCCCCCCCAUUUUCUUUGUUCCCCAUUGAAGUGUUGCUUUUGCAUCGUUAUAUUUGCUGCCUUUUUUAAAAUAAGUUUCAGAAUUGGACAGAGUCCUGCAUUCGGCGGCAUGGAAUUUGUCGGGAAUUCACUUGCCACCUUUUAGCCCUUCCUCCCUGCGCCACUUAAAAGCUGGUUUUGGUUCCGUGUCGUACAUGCUGGUUACCUGUCGACGGCAUGGCGAUCGUUUUACUAGGGGAGAGCAAGCGGCUUGGGUGACAGCACAACUUUUGAUACGGGUGUUGCAUAUUUGCAGCAGAUUAUAUGCAGAAAAUCACUCCUGUAUUUGCCUAUAAAUAGCGAUGAGUGUUAACACGAAUGUCGUCUUCCAAGAAACUGAUGCAAGGUGGUGUACUAAUACUGUAAAAUAAUAAUACUGUAAAUAGUUACAAUGGUUAAGAAUAUUGGAUAGAAAUUGGACCGAAACCUAUUACUGCAGCUCUAGCUUGGAAAUGAUUCUACAGUGAAAUAUUCAACGUUUGUUCAGAUUGUACCAUUUUUGCGAAGAUCUAUAAUGAUACGGGUGUGUAAGUCCUUAUGUUAUGACAUUAGUACUGGUCAGGGUGGUAGAGUUGCCAUUUUGGGCACUGGACAGCUUCAAGAAACAUUAAAGGGUAUUGUGAGAACUACAUGUCCUUGUUUGUCAUGAAGACAUUGAGUUCAUUACACGUUACCAGCAUGUUUAUAUGUGCGAAUAGGAUCGUGCUGUCAGUCUAACCACCGCCAAGUUGUUUCCCUGUGUUUGUCAUUCAGGGGAACUUCAGCUUAAAACCAAAUCUACUGCUUAUUGCAAUAAAUAAAUGGUCCAUAUUAUUAUGAGUCCCUGUACAGUAAACAACAGGAAAUGGGUUUCUAGAAUUGUUCAGUCACUUCUUGGGGACUUCUAAUCUUGGGAGGCUAAUAAUUGCAACCCUCUGUGAAAGUUAUUACGGAGCACCAAAGCCCAUUUUUAUAGUUCUGUGACCUAUGUUGUUUUUCUGUUUAUUGCCCGAUGUUUGAGUCGGCCAAUUAAAAGCAACCGGAUGAAGCUUUAUCUUCCACAUGUCUUAUAUUCGUACCACCCAGUAGUGCAUGUGUGUUUUUUUUAUUUUAUUUAAAUUACACUACUUGUAUGCAGAUGAGCUGCAUCCAUCGAAUUGUCAUCCAGUUAAUGUUCUUUUCUUUAUUUUGGGGGGGACACUAGACUAUCAUAUUUGGCACAGAAGUGGUUGGCUCCUGGAAUUUCAAUACAUAGGAAUUAAUAACACGAUAUAUAAACUUUUUGGGUUACAUUUUAAAUCAUUGUUUCAAGCUUUCCUUACAGUUUUUGGACAAGAUUCUCUGGCAAUGAAUGGAAUGUGCCUUAGAAAAUGGAAAACCAUGCCGUGAUUUCAUUUUUGUUGGACUCGCGUUUAAUUUAUAUUAAUUUAUUUUCAACAUAUUCUGCGCACACUUUGUGCUGUAAAUACUUUUAUUCAGUUUUAUAUGUAUGCACUUUUUGUUAAUUUUGAUGCUAUUUUAUAUCUGCUGUACUCUUGUAUGUUAAUAAAAUGUGGGGAAAAUU